AUGAGUUCAUCAAAACUAAACGGUGGUGUAAUGGUGGUGGGUUCCAAUCAGCUUGGUGUGGGGGGGGAUAAUGCCCCUGAGAAUGACAGCACCGGCCCCUUAUGCGAAGGCGCUCCCAUGGAUCCGAGAUCAAGGAUUCACCGCUCGUCGACCGUCUCUCAACUUCCAUCUUUCAUGGUUUCGGCGCCUGGAAAGGUCAUUGUAUAUGGUGAACAUGCUGUGGUUCACGGCAAGGCAGCAAUUGCUGCUGCCCUCUCUCUUCGAUGUUACCUACUGGUCACACCCCUACCGAAGACUGCUCAUAAAUUAACUCUGCGGUUCCCGGACAUUGGUCUUGAUCAUUCUUGGGACAUUGAGUUGUUGCCAUGGGAUACGUUUUCUGCGCCCGGAAAAAAGAAAUACUACUUCGAUACUGUUGAACGACUGGAUAACCAGCUAAUGAACGAGAUAAAACCAUUGGUCGCCGAUAUUCCUGGAAAGGUGCUUCAAGCAUCUGCUGUGGCCUUUUUAUAUUUAUAUCUAAUGCUUGGUUCUAAGUAUGCCCCGGCAUCAAUAUAUACCUUAAGAUCUACGAUUCCCAUCGGGGCAGGGCUUGGAAGUAGUGCGAGUAUAUCUGUUUGCCUGAGUACAGCCCUGCAGCUUCAGAUGGGAACAUUGGCAACACCCUUCAACGGAAUGAUGUCAAAUGAAACACAAUUGCAACUCAAGAGAAUCAACAAUUGGGCGUUUGUAGGAGAAAUGUGUAUUCAUGGAAACCCCAGUGGGGUUGACAACACAGUAGCCACUGGAGGGAAGGCAGUGCUCUUCAAACGAACAGAUUACAGUCUGCCUCCACAGGUAACCCAUAUGAGCAACUUCCCCGAACUUCCACUUCUGUUAGUCAAUACAAAACAGCCUCGGCGGACUUCUGAACAGGUUGCCAACGUCCAUAGCCUUCUUUCUGCUCAUCCCGAGAUCACAAACUCACUUCUCGAUUCAAUUGACCGAAUUACUCUUGAUGCUCAUAGAAUUAUUUCUAAUCCCGAGUUCUCCGCUCAACCCGGAAGUAUGGAUCUUGUUCAACUUGGUGAACUGAUUCGUAUAAACCACGGUCUUCUCGUAUCGUUGGGAGUUUCACACCCAAAACUGGAGCGAAUAAGAGAGUUAAUUGACUACACAGGCAUCGGGUGGACUAAGUUAACUGGUGCUGGAGGGGGAGGCUGUUCUAUUACCCUGCUGAAACCAAAUGUUAAACAGAACGUUCUAGAUGAUCUAGAUACAAAAUUAAGUAAAGAAGGUUUCGAAAAAUAUAAAACUACGCUAGGAGGCGAUGGCGUUGGUGUCUUGUGGCCUGCCGUAAUCAGGGCAGACAAAGAGGUUGAGAUUACACAGAACAUGUUCUUAGCCGCAGAUGGGGUGGAGGGAGUGGAAGACCUAGUAGGCGUUGGGGCCAUUGGGAAGGGGAAUCAAGGCUGGAGAUUUUGGAGAGAGUGGAUUCCAGUGGGGUCUGAGUUUACCUUGCAUUAA